AUGGCGGAGGGAGAUCCAAACCUCAAGAUCAAGUGUAUGGACUGUGGCGACCUGGUACCGGCAGCAGACACACGUAAGUAUGGCAACCAGGUGAAGUGCUGUGAGUGUCACAGUUCUUACAGGUUCUGUCGUGACAACGUAGGGAAUUGGAACAAACUGACAGCGGGAGAGAAGUCAGAGUACAUCAAGAACAACAAAGGGCAAGGCGGCAGGGGCAAGAAACGUGAGCUGAUCACGAACACCGCUGUCAGUGUCACCGAUUACAAAGACCAGCACAACCAAUCGGCGUACCUGAACGAGAUCAGGUUCAAGAAGAAAGGGAAGAAAUGGUACAAUUGGUCAGACGCUGAAAGUCAAAAGCAGUGGGAUGAUGCAGUCCGAGAUCCCAAAGUCCCUCGCUGUUAUGACGCGUUCGGAAACUUGUGUUUGGCGAAGCUUGACACUAGAGUGCUUGCCCAAGGAGCCCAGGUGGGCACAUCGAGGGAAGUCAGGGAAGGUCUGUUUGAGUCCAGAUUCGAUGCUCAAGUGGGAGCCGGAGAUUUGCUAAGCUUGAACUUCAUGAACACCAGGCCCAUGCUGCAGGAAUCUCAGGGCGCGCCGUCUGCUGCAGCUGCUAAGAAACGCAAACCGUCGGCUGCUCCCAGCAAGAUUCAGAAGAAUCAGAAGCCAGAGAAACCUUCAGCAGACCAAGAGAAUCAGCCAAAGAAGCCUAAAAAGGCAGCCGCAGACGCAGAGUUGGAAGCAUUGGAAAUCAAACGGAAGGCCCUUGUCAUGAAGAACAGGUGGGUUGAGAAGCUUCAAGAACUGAUUGCUGAAGUCUCCCUCAGCACUAAGAGGGCGGAGGAAUUUUCGGACUGUGAUGAGCUCGCUCAAGUGGUGAUUGCUCGCUUGGAGAAGCUGCUGGCAUUGGGGCCUGAAAGCCUCAACCCUCCUCCGGAUUCUGUCCUUGGCAAAUUUGACCGGCAAACCGCUGUUGGAAAGCUGAGCCCGACAAGUGGCAAGAAAAGGACCGCAAUUCUUGCAAACCCUACGAAGCAAGCUUUGGCUGACUACGAGAAGAUCAUGGCUUCUUGUGAGCAAUCGCUCAAGAAGGCCCUUGCUCAGUUGGACAAGACGACAGAUGCGUUGCAGACUGCGAAGGAAGAAGCGGAGGCUCACGCGCAGAGGCUUGAGCAGUUGAAGCGCAAAAAGCUUGAAGAGUUUGAGGCUUGCCGGGCAGACGCCCGACAGAAGGGUGCCGCAGCAGCGGAACAACAGGCGCAGGCUGAGCGUGAAAGUGAUGCCAGCGAUGCCAGUUGCCAGGACGAGGAUUCUGGCGGUGCGGGCUCAAGUCAUGACGGAGAUGGGGAGCGAGAUGACGUUGUGGUCCUUCUCACUGAUGCUGUGGCAUUGCUGCGGCCAUGCUGCGCAUCAGGCUGGUGUUUCCUGAAUGCGCACUCCCUUGUGCUCAUCAAGUUCGAGCCGGGCAUGUUCAAUUUGCGAGACCUUGCAGGUAAAUUUGAUGACCUGCCCUCAUCUUUCUUUGCAGAGGCGGGGGCAAAGCAGAAGAAGUCCAAGCAUUUCUUUGAGCGCAAGGACUUCCCUGCGCAGCUUCAGGAGUGCUUUGCAAAUCUGAUGGAAGGCGUAACCGCCUUGCUGCCGCAGUUGCUCGACUGA